AUGGCAAGCGACAUCGGAAACCCGCUCAAGAAGUUCAAGCUUGUUUUUCUGGGAGAGCAGAGUGUUGGCAAGACCUCGCUUAUCACGCGCUUCAUGUAUGACACAUUUGAUAAUACAUAUCAAGCCACGAUUGGUAUCGACUUUUUAUCCAAAACGAUGUACCUCGACGACCGUACAAUCCGACUUCAGUUGUGGGAUACUGCCGGACAGGAACGGUUCCGCUCCCUGAUCCCAAGCUACAUCCGGGACUCUUCUGUCUGUGUUGUUGUGUACGAUAUCACAAAUCGCAAUUCUUUUCUUAAUACAACAAAGUGGAUUGACGAUGUGAGGGCAGAGAGGGGUACGGAUGUUAUCAUUGUCCUGGUCGGUAAUAAAACAGACCUAAAUGACAAACGGCAAGUCACAGUAGAGGAUGGAGAAAGAAAAGCAAAGGAGUACAACAUUAUGUUUAUAGAGACCAGUGCAAAGGCGGGUUACAAUGUCAAGGCACUCUUUCGGAAGAUCGGCCAUGCAUUACCAGGCAUGGAGAAUACAUUGGAGGACAGCCACAGAGAUCAAUUGACAAAGGUCGAUCUCAAUGAAUCUUCUGCGUACAAAGAAGACAGUAGUUCUUGUGCCUGCUAA